AGAAAAGAAGUUUAUUUGGUUCAUGGUUCUGCAGGCUGUACAGGAAGCAUGGUGUCAGCAUCUGUUUCUGGUGAGGGGCUCAGGUUGCCUCCACCCAUGGUGGAAGGUGAUGGUGAUCUGGCAUGUGCAGAGAUCGCAUGAUAAUAAACCAUCAUUGAUGAAGAUGUCUUCAGCACCUGAGCCUCCAGCAUUCAAAAAGGAACCACCCAAAGAGAAAGACUUUCAAAGCCCGGGGCUCAGAGGGGUGCGCACAACAACCUUAUUUCGUGCUGUGAAUCCAGAGCUGUUCAUUAAACCUAACAAACCUGUAAUGGCUUUUGGAUUGGUCACUCUUUCACUUUGCGUGGCAUAUAUUGGUUAUCUGCAUGCAACACAAGAGAAUAAAAAGGACCUCUAUGAAGCUAUUGAUAGUGAGGGGCACAGUUAUAUGAGGCGGAAAACAUCCAAAUGGGAUUAGUAGUGCUGGUUACUGCAGAUGCACGUUUAUUAAGCGUUCUGAAAUCUUCAAAUGAAAGACCUUGUGAGUGUACAGUAUCAUAUUUCUUAUUCUAGAACAUGCUAAUGAAGACAGAAGAUGGCAGUUGCAACCAGACAACUGUCGUAAAUUUUGUCCUUUCACAGCCGUUAUCUCAUUCUUUUUCCUUAGAGCGAGCUUCAUAAUAUUUUUCUUUCCUUGCCUCUUAUAAAAGUGCCAUGAGAAUGGAAGUUGUUUUUGUUAAUUAUUAAAUUCUGUAUAAUAAAAGUACCCAUGCUGUUAAA